AUCAACUAUAAUGAUAGCAACGGCACUCACGACAAGAGAAUCAUCAUCAGCAGAAACUACUUCAACAUCUGUUCAAAUCUCCACAAAUUUCCCUGUCACAAGCUCAGCAGCAACAGUGACCACCAGUGAAACAUCCACAACAAACACAACACACAUAAUGACAGUUGAAUCCCCCAUUGUGCCUGAAACUGACAAGCCAAUUCAAACUCAAACAAAAAAAUUUAAUGUAACCUUCAUUGUGCUUUCACUGCCAUUCACACCAGUUCUCCAAAAUCUCACUUCCCCAUUAUAUCUGGCUGAGUCAAGAAAUAUUAUUGAGAAGCUCAAUAAUCUGUAUGCGAACAGCACAGUAAAUUCAAAAUUCUUGGAUUGUCAACCAUUAUCUUUUAGAUCUGCAAAUGAUGGUAACAGUACAGUUGAAGCAUUCUGCAAUUUUAUGAGUGCCAAUGGCCAGCAAGUUGAUGAAGUUCAACUCUACCAUGAAUUCCAAGACAACACAAAAGGCAUCACCAGCUUAGGAAACUAUUCAUUGGACAGUAACAGCCUCUAUGUAGAUGGUUAUCAUGAAUCAUCAGUUUUGACAACAACAACAUCAGCAGUGACAACAACGCAAACUCCAAAUUUGGGACAGAAGCGCAUUAAAUUUAAUGUGACCUUUAUCAUCACCAACCUACAGUUUAUACAAAGUCUACAAGAUUCCGGUUCCUUGCUGUUUAAUUCUACAUCAAAUGAUGUUUCCAGACAGCUCACUGCCCUGUUCAAUGAAAGUAAAAUUAAUGAAACAUUUUCAGAUUGCAAAGUUGUCUCCUUCAGCUUGGCAAAUGGUGGCAGCACCAGCGUGUAUGCAAUCUGCACGUUUAAAAAUGAUUCCACUGCUCAGGAGAUCGAUAAAGUUACUGUGUACCAUGAGUUCAGAGACAAUACAAAGAAUAUUUCCACCUUGAGAACAUAUUCACUGGACAAUAACAGCCUCUAUGUGAAUGGCUAUCAUGAAUCAACACCUUUCCCGACAGUAACAACAGCUGUGGCAACAACACAAACUCCACAUGUGGCAGAGAAGCCGAUUGAAUUUAACAUUACCUUUAUCAUCACUAACCUGGAGUUUACAGAAAAUCUACAAGAUUCCAAUUCUUCGCUGCACAAUUCUACAUCAGAUAUUAUUGCCCACCAGCUCACUACCCUGUUCAACAAGAGUAAAAUUAAUGAAACAUUUUUACAUUGCAAAGUUGUUUCCUUCAGUGUGGCAGAUGUUGCCAACACCAGCGUGUAUUCAAUCUGCACAUUUAGAAAUGAUUCUACGCAGGAUUUUGAUAGAGUUACUGUGUACCACGAAUUCAGAGACAACACAAACAACAUCUCCACCUUAGGAAUCUACUCACUGGACACUAACAGCCUCUAUGUAAAUGGUUACCAUGAAUCACCAUCUUUACCAACAAUAGCACCAGUAGUGACAACAUCGCAAACUCCAAGUUUGGAAGAGAGGCCCAUUGAAUUUAAUGUGACCUUUAUCAUCACCGACCUCGAGUUUACACAAAAUCUGCAAGAUUCCAGUUCCUUGCUGUUCAUUUCUGCAUCAGAUAUUAUUUCUCACCAGCUGAUUGCUGUGUUCCGCAAGAGUAAAAUUAAUGCAACAUUUUUAGAUUGCAAAGUUGUUUCCUUCAGUGUGGCAGAUGUUGCCAACACCAGCGUGUAUUCAAUCUGCACAUUUAGAAAUGAUUCUACGCAGGAUUUUGAUAGAGUUACUGUGUACCACGAAUUCAGAGACAACACAAACAACAUCUCCACCUUAGGAAUCUACUCACUGGACACUAACAGCCUCUAUGUAAAUGGUUAUCAUGAAGCAACACCUUUACCAACAAUAGCACCAGUAGUGACAACAUCGCAAACUCCAAGUUUGGAAGAGAGGCCCAUUGAAUUUAAUGUGACCUUUACCAUCACCGACCUCGAGUUUACACAGAAUCUACAAGAUUCCAGUUCCUUGCUGUUCAUUUCUGCAUCAGAUAUUAUUUCUCACCAGCUCACUGCUGUGUUCCGCAAGAGUAAAAUUAAUGCAACAUUUUUAGAUUGCAAAGUUGUUUCCUUCAGUGUGGCAGAUGUUGCCAACACCAGCGUGUAUUCAAUCUGCACAUUUAGAAAUGAUUCUACGCAGGAUUUUGAUAGAGUUACUGUGUACCACGAAUUCAGAGACAACACAAACAACAUCUCCACCUUAGGAAUCUACUCACUGGACACUAACAGCCUCUAUGUAAAUGGUUAUCAUGAAGCAACACUUUUACCAACAAUAGCACCAGUAGUGACAACAUCGCAAACUCCAAGUUUGGAAGAGAGGCCCAUUGAAUUUAAUGUGACCUUUAUCAUCACCGACCUCGAGUUUACACAGAGUCUACAAGAUUCCAGUUCCUUGCUGUUCAUUUCUGCAUCAGAUAUUAUUUCUCACCAGCUGAUUGCUGUGUUCCGCAAGAGUAAAAUUAAUGCAACAUUUUUAGAUUGCAAAGUUGUUUCCUUCAGUGUGGCAGAUGUUGCCAACACCAGCGUGUAUUCAAUCUGCACAUUUAGAAAUGAUUCUACGCAGGAUUUUGAUAGAGUUACUGUGUACCACGAAUUCAGAGACAACACAAACAACAUCUCCACCUUAGGAAUCUACUCACUGGACACUAACAGCCUCUAUGUAAAUGGUUAUCAUGAAGCAACACCUUUACCAACACUGCCAACAGCCUUGACCACAACACAAAUUCCAAACAUUGCAGAGAUGCCCAGUGAAUUUAAUGUUACUUUCAUAAUCACCAACUUGGAAUUUACACAAAGUCUACAAGAUUCUAAUUCCUUGCUGUACAGUUCUGUAUCAGAUAUUAUUUCCCACCAGCUCACUGCCCUGUUCAACAGGAGUAAAAUUAAUGCAACAUUUUCACAUUGCAAAGUUGCUUCCUUCAGCCUUGCAAAUAUUGGCAACACCAGCGUGUAUGCAAUCUGCUCAUUUAGAAAUGAUUCCACUGCUCAGGAGACUGAUAAAGUUACCGUGUACCACGAGUUCAGAGACAACACAAAGAAUAUCUCCACCUUAGGAAUGUAUUCACUGGACAAUAACAGCCUCUACGUAAACGGUUACCAUGAACCAAUUCCUUUACCAACAACAACACCAGCAAUGACAACAACGCAAACUCCAAGUCUGGAAGAGCAGUUUAUUGAAUUCAAUGUGACCUUUGUCAUCACUAACUUAGAGUUUACACAACCUCUACAAGAUUCCAGUUCCUUGCUUUUCAAGUCUGCUUCAAAUAUUAUUUCCCACCAGCUCACUGAAUUGUAUGGCAAGAGCAAAAUUUAUUCAACAUUUUUAACUUGCGAAACUAUUUCUUUCCGUCCGACAAAUAUUGGCAGUACCAGCGUGUAUUCAGUUUGCAAGUUCAGAAACGAAUCUACACCUGGGAAGGUUGAUAAAGUUAUUGCGUACAACGUUUUCAGAAACAACACAAAAAACAUCUCAAUCUUAGGAGCAUAUUCGCUGGACAAUAACAGCCUCUACAUAAAUGGUUACCAUGAAACAACUCCUUUGCCCACACCAUUUGUGACUACAACUCCAAACCCGCAACCUGAGUCCUUCGAUUUUAAUGUGACUUUCAUCAUUACUAACUUAGUACCAACAGCAAAUCUAAUAUCAUCCAAUACUGCACUACACGAAUCUGCCUCAAGUAUUAUUAAUUUCCAGUUAAACAACCUGUUUAAAAACAGCAACAUCAAUGGAACAUUCUCAAGCUGCAAAGUUCAAUCAUUCAGUCCAGCAAAUGCUGCCAGCACCAGUGUGUACACAAUCUGUACAUUCACAAAUGAUUCCAAUCCUCAGGACGUUAAUAAAGUUGUAGCGUACCAUGAGAUCAGGGAAAACACAAAGGAUAUUUCCACUUUGGGAGCAUAUUCACUGGAUAGCAACAGCCUCUACGUGAAUGGUUACCAUGAAGAGGCUCCUUCAGCCCCACCAUCUGUGACCACAACUCCAAACCUACAACCACAGUCCUUUGAUUUUAAUGUGACCUUCAUUAUUACUAACCUCCCUCCAACAGCAAAUCUAAUAUCACCCAAUUCUGCACUGCACAAAUCAGCCUCAAAUAUUAUUGCCUACCAGCUGAACAACCUGUUUAGAAACAGCAAUAUCAGCAAAACAUUCUCAAGUUGCAAAGUACAGUCAUUCAGCCCAGCAAAUGCUGCCAGCACCAGUGUGUACACAAUCUGUACAUUCACAAAUGAUUCCAAUCCUCAGGAUGUUAAUAGGGUUGUAGCGUACCAUGAGAUCAGGGGCAACACAAAGGACAUUUCCACUUUGGGAGCAUAUUCACUGGAUAGCAACAGCCUCUACGUGAAUGGUUACCAUGAAGAGACUCCUUCAACCACACCAUUUGUGGCCACAACUCCAAACCUACAAACAAAUCCUUUUGAAUUUAAUGUGACCUUCAUUAUUACUAACUUGGUUCCGACCCCAAAUCUAAUAUUUUCCAAUUCUGCACUGCACAGAUCUGCAUCAAAUAUUAUUGCUUACCAGCUGGACAACCUGUUUACUAACAGUAACAUCAAGAAAACGUUCUCAAGCUGCAAAGUUCAAUCAUUCAGUCCAACAAAUGCUGCCAGCACCAGUGUGUACACAAUCUGUACAUUCACAAAUGAUUCCAAUCCUCAGGAAGUUAAUAGGGUUAGUGCAUACCGUGAGAUCAGGGACAACACAAAGGACAUUUCUACCUUGGGAGCAUAUUCACUGGAUAGCAACAGUCUCUACGUGAACGGUUACCAUGAAGCAGCUCCUUCAGCCCCACCAUUUGUGGCCACGACACCAAACCUUCAACCCAAGUCCUUUGAUUUUAACGUGACCUUCACUAUUACUAACUUGGUUCCAACAACUAAUCUAAUAUCAUCCAAUUCUGCACUGCACAAAUCUGCCUCAAAUAUCAUUGCUUACCAAUUGAACGACCUGUUUAGAAACAGCAACAUCAACAAAACAUUCUCAAGCUGCAAAGUUCAAUCAUUCAGUCCAGCAAAUGCUGCCAGAACCAGUGUGUACACAACCUGUACAUUCACAAAUGAUUCCAAUCCUCAGGACGUUAAUAGGGUUGUAGCGUUCCAUGAGAUCAGGGACAACACAAAGGAUAUUUCCACUUUGGGAGCAUAUUCACUGGAUAGCAACAGCCUCUACGUGAAUGGUUACCAUGAAGUAGCUCCUUCAGCCCCACCACUUGUGGCCACAACUCCCAAUCUGGAAACAAAACCUUUUGAUUUUAAUGUGACCUUCACUGUUACUAACCUGCCUCCGACAGCAAAUCUAAUAUCAUCCAAUUCUGCUCUGUAUAAAUCUGCCUCAAAUAUUAUCACUUACCAGUUGAACAACCUGUUUACAAACAGCAAUAUCAACAAAACAUUCUCAAGCUGCAAAGUUCAAUCAUUCAGCCCAACAAACACAGGUACCAGUGUGUCUGCAAACUGCACAUUCAGAAAUGAUUCCAAUCCACAGGAAGUGAAUAGAAUUAUGAUGUACCAUCUGAUCAGGGACAACACAAAGGAAAUUUCCACCUUGGGAGCGUAUUCACUGGAUAGUGACAGCCUCUAUGUGAAUGAUUACCACGAAUCAACUCCUUUAAUCACUGAAGCCCCUGUUGAGGUAGUGACACUGCUACCAAAUAAGGAGAUAAAACCCAUUGACAUUAAUGUCACUUUCAUAAUAAAUAAUCUGGAAUUUAGAUCAGAAUUACAAAACAUCAAUUCUGCUGAAUAUACAACUACAUCAAAUAAUGUUGUUAGUUUGCUCAACAAUCUAUACAAAAGCAGCAAGGUAAAUGAAACAUUCACAAAUUGUGAGCUCGUAUCUUUCAGUUCUGCGAAUCAAGGCAAUACUAAAGUUGAAGCACACUGUUCUUUUAAAAAUAAUCCCACCAUUCCAAGAGUUGAUAAAGUCACUGUUUAUAAUGAAUUCAGAGACAACACUGAGAAAAUCACUGCAUUAGGAAUAUAUGCAUUGGACAAAGACAGCCUCUAUGUGGAUGGUUAUCACGAAUUGGAACCAACUACAGCACCGACUAUAUUGUCACCUGAAGUCCGAGAAGGCGAUUUGCCAUUUGAGCUUAACUUCACCAUAAUAAACAGAAAUUUCACUGAAGCACUUAAUGAUCCAAAUUCCCUUGAAUACCAAAGCAUUGUUGCCAAUGUUACCAGAAUGCUUGAAAAUUUGUAUAAAAACAGUGCUUUAAAGGACAGCUAUCGUAUCUGUAAAGUUACAGGACUGAGAAUUGGAUCAGUGAAAUGUAUCUGCACAUGUUACUUCGAUGCUUCUGCUGUGAAUGAACCAGUGAUAGCAGAACAAGUCAAAGCAGAGUUUACCAAGGGAACAAAUUCAACAAACCUGCUUGGAAAUGUCUACCAGCUGAGAAAUACCAGUUUGGCAGUAGAAGCUAAAGCACCAGUCUCCAGUGACAGAACAGAAAUACCAUAUUGGGCAAUCAUAUUGAUCGUGCUGGGAAUACUACUUCUCCUUGUCCUGCUCUUCCUCCUUUGUUUAUUUAUUACAUUAUGUCUGAAAAAGAAGUUUCAUGGAUCCUACAACAUGAUGCAAAAUCCAGCUGGGCUUUACUUUCCUCAUCAGAAAUUCUAUUGAUAAAUAAUAAACAUGCAAAUUACUUACACAUUUAACAAUUUUGCAGUACUUAAAAGAACAUGAUUAUAUUUGUGUAGUUACUAUUUAAUGAUGGAUCCCAAAUUGAGGAUGUAUGCUUCUCAUCAAAGGCUAAAUUCUGCCAAAAAGCACUAAAAAAUACAAUAAAACAGAAAUAGUGAUUGCUUUCAAUAUCAGGCAGAAAUAAUUAUUUGAAUCUGUUAAAUACUUUACGAAAAAAUGAACAAAGCUAUGAUAAAUAAACACUAGAAACAUCUUCACUCAAAAUUCUGUACAAUUCAAAGAUUUGUCAGUCUUUUCGUACUGCUGAUUAACUAAGUAUAAUAACUAGGAAGUAAUUGGCUAAGGUGCUAAAUAUAGUACUCGUAUCACUUGUGUCCAUCAGGAUAGUCGAACCUUAUGCAGCAAAAUGCUUGGUUCACUUUCCUUAGUCAUAUUCCGAUGAAAGAAUAAAAACUUUUGAUGUUCUAUAUUCAAGAGGGAUACAUUCAAGAUUCUGCUUGAAGUAUGACAUAUGAGGAAUAGAUAAACAAAACAAUGUCAAAAUUGGCAAACAGCUGAGUUCUUUUGAGUGACUGCUUUCCACGUAAAUUAGUUGCAGUAAUUUAUUGUCACCAGUUGGUUGUCUUCCGCAUUAUC